GUGGAGAGCUCCGGCUCGUGCAGAGCAGCAGGAAACAAGCAGCAGAGAACCAGCUGGAGGCUCGAGACUGAUUUAAAGACGAUCAGAUUCAGUCCAUCCAAGGUUCCUACCUGCGGCAGAGAUGGGGGGUCAGGCCUCGUCAGUAGAGGACGUCCAUGUCGUGGUCGUUGGCGGUGGAUUCGGAGGCAUCGCGGUGGCUCAGCAGCUGAAAUCUGGAGGACUUUGUUUCACUCUGAUCGACAUGAGAGACGCUUUUCAUCACAACGUGGCGGCGCUCAGAGCGUCCGUACAGCCUGGCUUCGCUCGGAGGACCUUCAUCCCGUACGCUGAGACCUUUGGAGACAGUUUUGUUCAGGGACGAGUUCAGGGAGUCGACACCGACAGACAGACGGUCGUCCUGGAGGGAGGAAGGGAGAUCCAGUACUCCCACCUCAUUCUGUGUACUGGGACUGAUGGAACCUUCCCCGGGAAGUUCAACACCGUGGCGUCGUAUCAGACCGCCGUCCAGACAUACGAGGACUUCGUCAAGCAGGUGCAGGCAGCAGGCUCAGUGUUGGUGGUGGGAGGAGGGUCGACCGGUGUGGAGAUGGCUGCUGAGAUCAAGACCGAGUAUCCGGACAAGAAGGUGGUUCUGAUCCACUCCCGAACGGUGCUGGCCGACCCACAGUUGCUGCCCAGCGUCAGGCAGCAGGCGAAGGAGGUUCUGCUGGAGAAAGGGGUGGAGCUGCUGCUGGGUGACAAAGUUGCCAACCUGUUGCAGCUGCAACUAAACGUGACUCAGAGGAACACGGAGGUGAGGACAGAGCGAGGAGACACGCUGACCACAGAUCUGAUCAUCUGCUGCACCGGGCUCAGGGUCAACUCUGCCGCCUACGCCUCGAGCUUCUUGGGCUGCCUGGCUGAUAACGGAGCUUUGAAGGUGAACGAUCACCUGCAGGUUGAAGGUUUCUCUAAUGUCUUUGCUGUGGGCGACUGCGCCAAUGUCAACGAGCCCAAGAUGGCGUACCACGCCGGGUUGCACGCCACCGUCGCCGUGAGCAACAUCAUCAACAGUCUGAGCGGGAAGGAGCUGACCUCAUAUCGCACAGGUAACGUCACCAUGUUGCUGGCGAUGGGCCGUGACGACGGUGUGGGUCAGUUUAACGGGCUGAAGUUGCCUCGUUGCCUGGUUGCUCUGGGGAAGAGUCGAGAUCUGCUGCUGUGGAAGAGCUGGAGGGAGAUGCAACAGAAGCAACCCUGACACACACACACACACACACACACACACACACACACACACACACACGUUCGUACACUUGUGAGGACCGUGACCAAGGACUUUAAUAUGAACCCAGGUUACUGACGCAGGUCAAAGGUCACAUUUCUUUGUGUUUACAACUUUACAAAAACAACCUGUAAACAUUCAUGUGGACGUUUUAAAAUUCAGACGGAUUCACGUGGAAACGGUCUCAGUUUUUAAAUCACAGGGAGGCUGUUGUUUCUCCUCAGUUCAGCUGGACUCUUCUUCUUCUUCUGGUAUUUAAACACUGUAGAGUCAACGACAGCUGACGUUAGGUCUGUUUAACGUCGUACAUGUUACAGUUAUGUAGAUUAAAUUAAAAAAACACCUCGAGGGAAUUGUUUUUUAAAUUUGGCACAAACGUUCACCUGGACGCAACGAUGAACUUAUUAAAUUUUGGUGGUCAAAGGUCACUUUGAACUCAUCCAUCUUAUUCUCAUGAAUGAGAUAUUUUAAAAAACUUUGGCACAAAUGUUAACUUUGACUUAACAGCAAACUGAUUAGAUUUUGAGGGUCAAAGGUUAACGGCACUGUGACCUUGCAUCCUUCAUAUUCUCCUGAAUGUGAUAUCUCAGUAAGUCCUUGAGAGAGUUUCUUUACAUUUGGCACAAACGCAAUAUUUAAAAAAAAAACAAAAAAAAACUUUAGGGGGUUGUUUUUUAAAUUUGGCACAGUUGUCACUUGGACUCACUCAUUUUGGUGGUCAUAGGUCACUGUGACUUAAGUUAUCUCAUUCUUGUGAACGCAAUAUCUCAAAAGCGCCAGGAUGUAAUUUCUUCAAAUUUGGCACAAAGGUCCAACAAUGAACUGAUCAAACUGAUCAGAACUUGGUGGUUGAAGGUCAAGAUCGUUCUGAACUUGUGUCCUUCUUAUUCUCAUGAAUGUAAUAUUUUAAAAAACACGUUAUUCAAAUUUGGACUUUACAAUGAACUGAUUCGACUCUGAAGGUCAUAGGUCAAAGGCAACUUUUCCUUGGUUUUCUCAUUUUUGUGACUGUAAUAUCUUGAGAACAUGUUUGGCACAAACGCCGACAGACUGUCAGAGACACUGGACUGGUGGGCGGAGUCAUACAACCACAGGGUGAUGACUGUAGUUUCAUCUUGUUUCUUGUUUAGCUUUAGGUACACAUGAAUUAUCUGCUCCUGUUUCAUCGAGUUCAAGCUUUAAAAACAUCAAACACAUUUACAAACAUUUAUAAACAGCUUCUUUAUUAUAUUUUUCAAACAAUAAAUAAAAUGUUUUGAACCUGAA